AUGCUUGUCGGAUAUCUGCUCGCUGGGAAGCGGUAUACUCUCGGGCAGAUCAUCGCCGGUGUCGUCAUCACCGUUGGUAUUGUGCUUGCCACAGUGUCGGCGCCGCGGCCGCCAAAAUCGUCUUCCGCCUCGUCUUCCUCGACCACGGGUAAGGAGGACCGCCUCCCCGAGAGCGUGCAGUACGUGAUCGGCAUCGCAAUGCUAUCCGUCGCUCUCUUUCUCUCUGCGUGGCUGGGACUCUGGCAGGAGAAGACGUACCGGCGCUUGCCUUUCUUCCUACCCUUCGCACCCAGCCUCUGGACCACGUUCAAGGCGUACGCCUCCACUGCGCCCGUUAAGCUGCUCGCUUUCCCUUUACCCUCGAUCAAGCCCAACGACGGGUUCAACUGGGCCGAACUCGCUGUGCCGAGUGCGCUCCUCGCCCUCGCUGUCAACGUCGUGACGCAGGGUUUGUGCAUCCGCGGCGUGAACCGUCUCACCUCUGCUGUCUCCCUCGCAAUCUCAGUGUGGUACUACGGCUCCGGCGCCAGUGUCGGCCUCGUGACGGGCGGCGCAAUGGUGCUGGGCGGGACGAUGAUCUACUCGAUGGCAAGUCCGCCGCGCGUCGUGUCCGAGAAGAAGUUUGAUGACAAGGAGGAAGAACUGAAGAAGACUCACCCCAAGAGGAUCAGUGGAGAGGUAGAGAGCAAUGGGAACGGGGACGCCGCUGAGCACAGUCCCAGGCCAGGAUCACAAGAACAGACUCGGGCUUCUUCGACAUCUGUUAGGGUUAACGGAGACGGCGGCCUGCGCCAGCGAUAG